AUGGCUACACAAAUAGGCCAAAUUAUGAGGGCUAUGGAUCAGGAAUUUGAUGAACGCACCUUACGACGGUGUUUUUUAAUUGAAAUAUUUAAAUUUAAAAAUUUUUUCAAAUUUUCUCCCAGUCUAAUCCGCAAAUUCGAUGCUGAUGGCUCUGGCAAAAUUGAAUUUGACGAGUUUUGUGCACUCGUCUAUACGGUAUCAUUUAUCUACCCUCAUUAUUUUACAAUUUUACAAUUUGUAAAAAAGGUUGCAAAUAGUGUAGACAAGGAGACGCUUAGACGGGAACUUCGAGAGGCUUUUCGACUCUUUGAUAAGGAAGGGAAUGGGUAUAUAUCUACUAUAACUCUUAAAGAGUUGCUUCAAGAAAUAGCCCCGGAUCUUAGCUCUGAAGAAUUGGCUAGUGCUGUAAACGAUAUAGACCAGGACGGCUCGGGGAAGAUUGAAUUUGAAGGUAACUAA